CCGGCCUCCUCCCGGCGGGGCGGGCACGCGGCUUCGCUGCCGGGGCCGCCUCUGGAUCCCCUGGAUCCCGGCGGUUCCCCGGGUCCCAGCCGCAUCCCCGGAUCCCGGCCUCACCCUCGGAUCCCGGCGGCUCCCCGGGUCCCAGCCGCAUGCCAGCGGCUUCCCGGCAGGCCCUGCCGUGCGCCUGGGGCAGCCCUUGUGUCCGAAGAGGAUCCCGCUGUUGAAACAGCAGAGGAAGCUAAGGAACCAGCAGAGGCCGACAUCAAUGAACUCUGUAAAGACAUGUUCAACAAAAUGGCCAUUUAUUUAACAGGUGAACUGACAGCCACCAGCGAAGACUACAAACUCUUGGAAAACAUGAAUAAGCUGACUAGCUUGAAGUACCUAGAAAUGAAGGAUAUUGCUAUAAACAUCAGCAGAAAUCUGAAGGAUUUAAAUAAAAAAUAUGCUGCUCUUCAGCCAUAUCUGGAACAAAUCAACCUAAUCGAGGAGCAGGUUGCAGCUCUCGAGCAGGCAGCUUAUAAAUUGGAUGCAUAUUCCAAAAAACUUGAAGCCAAGUACAAAAAACUGGAGAAACGAUGAAAUCACAACAGUCUUUAAGCUGGAGUUGGGCUGUGAAUCAGACUGAUCUCUAAGUUGCACAACAGCAGUUCUGUGUGUUGACCAGGAUUUGGUUACAGCUAACAUCAAGGCUAGUAACUUCUAUCUGUUGAAUACAGUAGACUCUAUUCAGGAUUAAGACUGAAUGAUGUUUUCCUCUUCUCAGAUGGUUCUGUUACCUCAGUUGUUCUGCAGUGAAAAAUUGAAACCUGUCCCUAACCUGUGUGUUGAUACUGGCUAUCUGUAUGUUAUCCUAUGUCCCACAUUAAAUACUCUUAUUAGGAAAAGCUCUCCAUAACCUAUAAAGAUGUUUUACCUUAGUAGCAGCAGGACCUAAACCUCAUUUUUUCCUUCAUUGGGCUCUGCAUUGAGAAGAUACCCAGGCCUUUGGAGUUAUAAGCAUGGUAUUGAAAACACUUCAUUUUGGUAUCCAUCUUUUAUCUGUUUACAAUAGAGAGACUAGUUAUUAUAAAUUUACAAUAAAACAACUUAACUGC